AUGGAGAAGGAACUUCAAGACAUCCAGCAACUGGACUCCGAGGAAAACGACUACCAGCUCGGCAGGGGUGAGGGGCAAGGUGCUCAUGGACACAGCCCCAGGAGAGAAGAUGCAUUCUGGAAAGGAGCGCCUUCUUCCCAGCCCCUUCUGCUGCAGAGUCUCUGCUCCAGUUUCUGGCUCAGUCUGCUGGCCCUGGGCUUCAACAUCCUGCUGCUGGUGGCAGUCUGCGUGAUCGGGUCCCAGAGAGCACAGAUGCAAGUGGAGUUUCAGAACCUAAAAGAAGCUUUCAGCAACUUCUCCUCCAGUACCCUGACGGAGAUCCGGACUCUCAGCCUGCAUGGAGGCAGCACAGGUGACAAAGUGACAUCUCUGGAAACCAAGCUGGAGAAACAGCAGCAGGACCUGAAAGCAGAUCACACCAUCUUGCUCUUACAUCUGAAGCACUUCCCAGCUGACCUGCGCGUCCUGACCUGUCAGAUGGCCUUCCUGCGAAGCAAUGGCACAGAGUGCUGCCCCAUCAACUGGCUGGAGCAUGACGGCAGCUGCUACUGGUUCUCCCGCUCCGGGCUGACCUGGCCCGAGGCCGAGCGGUACUGCCAGCUGGAGAACAGCCACCUGGUCACCAUCAACUCCAGAGAGGAGCAGAGAUUCAUUGCACAGCACUCGAGCCUUUUUCACAUCUGGAUUGGUCUCACUGAGACCGAUGGUGCCUGGAAAUGGGUGGAUGGCACAGACUAUAGGAACAGCUACAAGAACUGGGCUUUUGGUGAGCCAAAUAACUGGCAGGGGCACGAGGAGGGCGGAAACGAAGACUGUGCUGAAGUCCAAGAGGAUGGCCAAUGGAAUGAUGACUUCUGCCUGCAGGUGCAACGCUGGGCCUGUGAGAUGAGACGGAACAUCACCAGCUAG